AUGUACCUCACCUAUCUACUAUCAUUAUUUCACAUUUGUGUUCUAGUCACCGCCAGAGCCCAAGCAGAUGAAUACACAAAUGAUCCAAACAUCUACGAGUUGACGGCUUCUAAUUUUGAUAAAGUGAUACACGGCAGCAACUACACCUCAAUUGUCAAAUUUUAUGCACCUUGGUGUGGAUAUUGUCAACAGUUGAAACCUGUAUGGAGAAAGUUGGGGAAAGCCAUAGGCAAGGAUUCUAAAUUAAGUGUCAAUGUAGCUGCGGUAAACUGCGAUAAAGAUUACAAUAAACCACUUUGCGCCCGGCAUCAAAUCAGUGGAUUUCCCACGGUCAUGGUAUUUAGACCACCAAAGUAUGACCAAACAAAGGCAAAUAGUGGCAAGAAGCUGAGACAUGCUAGUGAGGCUUAUAAUGGACAGCGGACAGUCAAGGCGAUGCUGCAGUUCUUGGGCUCCAGGUUGAAAAACUAUGUUAAAAAAGUGCAUAAUUUGGAUAAUGACUUGGUUAAGUGGAUCAGUGAGGAAUCUGGCAGAGGAAAAGUGCUUCUCAUUGCAAAGUCUAAUCUGAUUAGCCCAUUGUUGAAAUCGUUGGCAAUUGAUUUUCUAACUAAAGUGGAUUUUGCAAUGUAUGGGAAGUAUAACGAAGGGAUCAAGACAAUUGAAAUUGACGGAAAACAAGUGGAUAUUCCAAAGGCAGAUUCAUCGACUUUGCUCUAUUUUGAUAAACAAAAAGACAAGUUUAUAGUCUACGAUUCGACGGAGAAGUUAGAUGACAAAAGUCAAAUAUCCAAUUGGAUCACUGCUGUUUCCAAAAUCGACCCUGUUGAAGGGCCAUUAUCCAAACGAGGUAAGAAGUUGUUAAAGUACAAAUCUAAAAAGAAAAUCGAACACGAUGAAUUGUAA